AUGACAGCCAGAGGUUUGGUUCACAUCACCACAGGCGAUCCCAAUCCAAAGGUGAUAUCGAGCUUAUUGCUGAGUAUGGAAGACGCUUCAAAGACUCCUUCAACGUCCAAAAGUUCAGUAAAUUCGGGAUCUGCGAUGGCUGCCGCCGAAGGUCAGUCCGGUAACGCUAAAAAACGUAAGAAUAAUCGUAAUAAUAACUCGCGUAAUUAUAAUAGUAAUUCGAACAGUUCGGGUAAUUCGAGUGGAAAUUCGUCCAGUGAUAAUAGUAACGGUAGUGGCUUUGUACAGAAUAAAGAUUGUACCUGUUACAAAUGCCACAAGCGUGGCCAUAUGGCCAAGAGUUGCAGGUCCGCUGGAGGGAAUUAUAGGAACGAUACCAACCCUCGCAGUGCUAUCGUUUGUUAUCGUUGCAAUUUAACGGGGCAUAUCGGUCGAAACUGCCCUCAAAAUGGUGACUUGAAUCGUAACGGUGGUAACGGUAGUACGUCCGGUAAUUCGUCGGGUACGUCUGGUUUGUCUGGUUCGUCCGGGCCUCGGCCUUUGUUGGCGUUAGGUCUUUCUUCGGUUUUUCCUAAAAAAGAAAAAAUUAUCGAGUUAGAUGUUGGUCGUAGGAGUUCAAACGUAGUUGAUAAUUUUGUAUGGAGUGUAAACGGUCGUGGUUUCGGUGAUUCGGUCGCGUUAUCUAAUUUUGGAAACGCGCAUAACGUUAAUAUAGGGAGUAAUUAUUUCCUAGGCAACUCUACAGCGUUGAAUUUGGGUGAGGAGAAUGCGUAUAUUGAGACCAACGACGACAACGGCGUCAACUUUGUCACAUUUGUCGUCGAUAGUGGUGCGACUUCGCAUUUCCUCAAACAUCCUGGAAUCUUGCACGAUAAAAAGAAGGUAAAAGAAACGUUACAAUCGGCUCAUCGUGAGGUUUCCUUGAUGAAGGAAGGUGUUGGACGUCUGAGAGUAUUAGCCGAAGAUGGAAAUGUUUACUGGCUUAAUGAGGUAUUCUACGUACCGAGUUUAUCUUCAGUUUAUUGUCCGUAUCAAAGAUCGUAG